AUGCCAAGCACUCUCUGACUGUGACUCAUUCCAUUCCAUAGGCUUUAUCAGCUAUAGCUUCGAAGUUCGACCUUUCUUCUCAAACCUCCUUGAACAUUCUUCACAAACAAACAAAAAACAUGGAAGAAGCAUUUAGGCGGCUAAACGGUCUGACCCACACGUCUGAACCCAUCACUGACCAUCAGAACCACCGCAACACCAAGAAAUGCACCUCCAUCACAUCCACCACAACAACACCACCCACCACCACUUCAUCCACCACCACAACCACAAACACCAACAACAAGAGGACCAUAAGAGAAACCAAUAGCACCGGUGGUGGUGGUGGUACCACCAUGAGAUACCGUGGGGUCCGCCGUAGGCCAUGGGGUCGCUAUGCUGCUGAGAUCAGGGACCCACAAUCAAAAGAACGCCGCUGGCUCGGUACAUUUGACACAGCUGAGGAAGCUGCUUGUGCUUAUGACUGUGCAGCUCGAGCCAUGCGUGGACUCAAGGCUCGAACCAAUUUCGUGUACCCAACUUCACCCACUCAUCACUCUGCCACCGACCAUUUCUUGCCUUCUUUCAACUUUGCUAAACAUUCUCAGCCGUCUGGUAAGACCCCACCAAAUCAUCAUCGUCAGUUUGGUCCCACUUGGUCUUCACCUUAUGGUGAUUUCUCUGGGUCUUUACCCCAGAGAAAUGGUUCUCUGAAUAUGCUUCUGCUUUGUGAUCUUCUUAGCUCUUCUUCUUCUUCGAAUCCAUCUUCCUUGGUCUCUUCCAUGGACCAGUUUCCUUACUUUAAUGGCUCUUCGUCUUCUUUGGUGCAUCCCUCUGCUAAUUCUAACAUCUCUGAAACCUUCACAAACUCUUCUUCCAUGUCAUUUCCAGUUAUUGACAACAAUCAGAGUUAUAACACCGGAGGUGCUGAUAGAGCAAUUCCCACUCAAUCUUUGGGUGACAGCUCCGAGUUCUUUCCCAAAGAGCCUUCAGAUUCAGGGUUAUUAGAAGAAGUUAUUCAUGGGUUUUUUCCAAAACCAUUGUCCAAGAAGUGUGACCCUCCAAAAACACAAACUUGCACCAACUUUGAAACCAGUCCUCCACUCAUUUCUGACAUGUCUGUUGCUCAAUCUUUCGAGGGAAUGAGAAGGGGCAUCAAGAACGACCAUUUUGGUUGCUCGUUUGACUAUCAAGGGGUUCCACUACUUCCACAUCAGUUUGAGAAUUUCAAUGGGUUCAAAAACGAGGCUUUUAGCUCACAAGCAGCUACGCCCUUUGGUUAUGAGAUGCCAGCGGUGAAUCUUCAGGUUGGGCCGGAGUCCAUGUUGGAUGAUAUCUUUCAGUAUCCUGAGCUUUUGAAUGCAUUUGCAGCUAGGGUUCAGAAUGGUUGAGCUCUUUCCAGAAACCUGUCACUUUUACUAGUUACUAGCUCAAAAAAUUAACAGCAUUUUGUUUCUUGUUGACAGUGAAAGUAACUCAAAGUUGAUCUUUAGGGUUUUCGCAAGAUUAAUUAAUCAAACUUGUCAUGUACUUCUUCUGAUGGAGAUCUUAUGUUCUUGUUAUAUUUAGCUUACUGUAGCUACUCUCUACAUGUUUAUAUUUGACUUUCUUGCAAGUAAAGCCUGAGCUGUUCCAUUUAUCAUUUUGUGUUUAAUUUUAUGUCUUU